GUUUGAAGUGUCACUGAGCCUUCCUCUCAUCGUUCUUUAUUAUUUACUUUUCAUCUAUCAUGCCAUUUGACGACUACAAUGGGGAUGCAACAGAACUUCUAGAGACCUAUGACUUCCUGAUGAAAUACAUUAUCAUCGGAGAGGCGGGGACAGGGAAAUCAUGCCUGUUACACCAUUUUACCCACAAUUCAUUCAAGGAUCACUCGCAACACACUAUCGGCGUAGAAUUCUCAAGUCGCACCGUCAAAUUGGGAGAGAAACGGAUCAAACUUCAGUUAUGGGAUACAGCAGGGCAAGAACGUUUCCGGUCUGUCACAAGGAGUUAUUACCGCGGGGCGGCAGGUGCAAUUCUGGUCUAUGAUAUCACCAAUCGCGACUCCUUCUCAAAUCUUUCGCGCUGGUUAGCCGAUGCAAGAGCCCUUGCAAGUCCCCAUUUAGUUGCUGUUUUGGUUGGUAACAAAUCAGACCGGGAUGAAGAACGCGAGGUUGAAUGGGCUGAAGCAAGCAAAUGGGCAGCUGAGAACGAUGUUCAUUUCCUGGAAGCUUCGUCGCUAACGGGUGAAAACGUUGAAGCACCAUUCUUGUUAACUGCGCGUGCAAUCUUGCUCUCCAUCGAGUCAGGUGCCUUGGACCCAGAGAAGGCCGGAAGCGGGGUCAGCUAUGGUGAUAGAGCUCUUCGGAGAGUGAAUAGUUCAAGUCAUCUUAGUUUUGGUAGUCUCAGUGGUGGUCGACGGAAAGGCGCUGUAAAACUUAAAGUCAGCCGUUGGUUGCCUGGGUCAAAAUGUUGCUAAUCUGUAGUUUCCUUUCUGACUUCCGUGACUUCCUCGGUCCUUCUCCGAACAUACCCAUAUACAGGCUCAUGACCUCAAACCACAUUGUCCUAACUUUACAGGCUCACACAAUCUCCGCGUCCAAUGUUAGACCAUCUAUACUCCUUGUAAUUUUCUGGUUUCAACCUAUGGGAUAAUUUGU